AUGGAGGGGAGCAUAGGGAAGGACGGAGAGGGGGGAGUGGCAGAGGGUCAAUGGAAGCAGUGGGAGGGCGACAGGGGAGCAGAUGGCGAGAAUCAGCAGCGAAUGGUGGGCAACCAUGGCUAUGACAUGCAUGGUGAUGAGAUGCAUGGUGACGAGAUGCAUGAUGAUGAGAUGCAUGGUGAUGAGAUGCAUGGUGAUGACAUGCAUGGUGAUGAGGUGCAUGGUGACGAGAUGCAUGAUGAUGAGAUGCAUGGUGAUGAGAUGCAUGAUGAUGAGAUGCAUGGUGAUGAGAUGCAUGGUGAUGAGAUGCAUGGUGAUGAGAAGCAUGGUGAGGAGAUGCAUGGUGAUGAGAUGCAUGGUGAUGAGAUGCAUGGUGAUGAGAUGCAUGGUGAUGAGAUGCAUGGUGAUGAGAUGCAUGGUGAUGAGAUGCAUGUUGAUGAGAUGCAUGGUGAUGAGAUGCAUGGUGAUGAGAUGCAUGGUGAUGAGAUGCAUGGUGAUGAGAUGCAUGGUGAUGAGAUGCAUGGUGAUGAGAUGCAUGGUAAUGAGAUGCAUGGUGAUGAGAUGCAUGGUAAUGAGAUGCAUGGUAAUGAGAUGCAUGGUGAUGAGAUGCAUGGUGAUGAGAUGCAUGGUAAUGAGAUGCAUGGUAAUGAGAUGCAUGGUAAUGAGAUGUAUGGUGAUGAGAUGCAUGGUGAUGAGAUCAAACGCAAGAAGACAUGCUGA